CUUCCGUUGCUUUCUGUAGUGCGUUAGCAGUGAGCUUCAUGGGAAGUGGGGCACCUGGAACCCAAAUUGAUGCUCAGAUGGGAUACAGUAUUACAGGUGGUGGCUUAAACAUGGAUCCCCUAGGACCAGAUACCAGGUCAUGUGCACACCCGUUAAUUCUGCUUUUCCAUGCACUUUGUGAAGUACCCUCAUAUUCUGAUAGUACAAUAGUAUUGUUGCCACAGUGCAGCCCAAGAUAAUUGUGAGUGUAAGUCAUAUCCUGUGAGUUUUCUGUUGAUACCUAUUAGGUGUUUAGCACAUACAGAAUUGUGUUGAUAUGACUUCCAUCAUAUGUGUUCAGUCUUUUGAAAAUGCCUCAUAGGCAGUAAUCUUGUAACAGAACAUUCCUGGAUGUAAAGACAAAACUGGGAUGGAAUGACCAUUUUGGUGUCAUUGUAUUCUCAAAAGGGUCGUUUGUGCCGUCAUUCUCAGCCAUCUGAGAGGGAGUGUGAAGAUGCUUAAGGAGCGCCCAGGGAUGGCGGAGGAUCCUCAGCAGCAAGCGGGCGUUCCUGUGGUGAAGCUGGAGAAGGAGUUGCCGUGGGGUAGGGCAAGGGAAGACUCGAGCCCUGAAACUUUCCGUCUGAGGUUUCGGCAGUUCCGCUACCAGGAGGCAGCUGGUCCCCAGGAAGCCCUCAGGGAGCUGCAGGAACUCUGUCGCCGGUGGCUGAGGCCCGAGCUGCACACCAAGGAGCAGAUCCUGGAGCUGCUGGUGCUGGAGCAGUUCCUGACCAUCCUGCCCCGGGAGUUCUAUGCCUGGAUUUGGGAGCAUGGCCUGGAGAGUGGCAAGGCCUUGGUGGCCCUGGUGGAGGGCUUGACGGAGAGAACACUGGACGCCAAGGCGGUGGGUUCCGUGUCCUGUGCAGGCAGAGCAGGAGGAGACAGCACUUUGCAGAGGCACCUGGGAGCCUGGCGUUCACCCGGGGCCAGUGGAGGUCAAGCCCGAGUGGGAGCUGGGAACUCCUGGUGAAGGAGUUCAAGGCCUGGAC